AGGAGGUGAUUCCAGCCUGUGAGAUUGUAGGGAUUGAAUACACAGAUGGACUGGAGACGGGGGAAGUCAGAGCUCCAGAAAUGACCAGCCUCCAGCCAUGAUGAGAUGCCGGAAGGUGAGCAUCUCAGUCAUUGCCCUCCUUACACUGCUUGCCCUCAAGAUUUACGUGGAUAUGACUUAUACAUCUCCUCAACUCAAUGACCACUCAAUGUACAUCUCUCCUGAACCCGACAAGAACCUCCUGGCCAUGCUUGAACCUCUAAAAGCAGACAAGGAGUUAUCCAUGGCAACCCUCCAUAACUUGGCACAGAAAUUGCGAAAAGCUGUCAUCAAUUGUGGCGCGUAUUGGAAUACUGAACAACUGCAAUUGCUGGACUUGAAGGGCCCCAGGGCAUGGACGUGUAGCAAGGCAACACAACAAAUAAAAGCACCUGAACCCUACCCAGACCUCUUACAGAGCUUUCUGUCUCAUAGUCAGUGCCGUAACCAUAGACUCAUCCUAGACCAGCCAGACAAAUGUCCACAAAACAGGACUUUCCUUCUUCUGGCCAUCAAGUCUUCUCCACAGAACUUUGCCCAGCGACAAGCCAUAAGGGACAGUUGGGGAGCAGAAAAGAGUUAUGGGGGGAAAUAUGUAAGACUGGUCUUUCUUCUAGGCACAGUGCCAGGGCCUGAUCUCUCUCCUCUUCUGGAGUAUGAGAAUGAACAUUCACAUGACCUUCUCCAGUGGGACUUUGUGGACACCUUUUUCAACUUGACUCUUAAAGACCAACUCUUUCUGGGGUGGGCAAACACCCAUUGCACUGCAGCCAAUUACAUACUGAAAGGGGACGAUGAUGUGUUUGCACAAACUCCCAAAAUAGUGCAUGUUCUGUCAUUGCUGCACAGCCAUCGACAUCACUCCCUCUACAUGGGACACGUUGUGAAGUCAGCCAAACCUUACAGAGACCCGAAAAGUAAGUAUUAUAUCCCCUCAUCUUUCUAUGUCGGCUUUUACCCACCCUAUGCUGGGGGAGGAGGGUAUGUGUUUUCUGGAUCAUUGACACCAUGGCUCUACUUGGUGUCCCAUUUUGUGGUUCCAUUUCCCAUUGAUGACGUCUACACGGGAAUGUGUUUCAUGGCUUUGGGUGUGCGCCCGAUGGGGCACCCAGGAUUUAAGACAUUCAACGUACCAGUGGUUCAGAAGUCAUCUUCAAACUGCGCUGAAAAGCAUCUCCUCUUGGUCCAUCAGAAGAACCCCCAAGAGAUGCUAAAGAUGUGGGGUCAGCACGAUGAGACAACACAGCAGUGCUGAUACUGGACAGAUAAAUCCUUAUUCCUGUGCCUCUUCUCUCCUGUCCUCCAUACAAAAAUCUCAUGUCUAUAACUGAUCCUACAAGAACAGCUUAUCCUUUUCACAAGACAUGUAAUAGCAGAGCUGGUGCAUAUAAACAGCAGUCACUGAUCUCCUUUUAAAGGGAAGGGUUCAGUGAAAUGGUAAAUACACAUCGCUCUGUAUAGAGAAUAUCAGUUUCCAUAAUCAUUGCCUCUGUAAGUAUUAGUGGCAGCUGCAAGACUACUUCUGCUCUGCCGAAGUCAGAAUAUACUGGGCUCGAUUCAAUUCAGCGUGGAUUAAAUAGGGUCGGGAAUUCGCUCCCGGAGGUAUGCAAUUCAGCGCGCCGUUAUGUCGGAGAAGGCGGGUUCUCACAAACUAAACAGGGUGUUUUGUUGCGAGAACCGGCAUUCUCAGACUAAAGUGCCAUUUCAGCCGCGAUAAGGGCAGAAAAUAGCAACACGCCAGCACUUUUGUCGGAUUUGUGCUUGCACCACUCCGGGGGUGCAAGAAGAAGUCUUCCGUCGGGUGUGACAUCACGCUGAAUUGAAUAGCACCGGGAGCUAAUUCCCAGCGCUAUUCAAUCCGCACUUAAUUAAAUCAAGCUCAUAGAAUUCAUAGGGGUAGAUUUUACUAAAGCUUCUAAAACAGACGAGUACAAGUGUUGCUCAUAGCGACCAAUCAGAUUCUAUCAUUUUCUAGAACACGAUAGAGAAAUGAUAGUUGUAAUUUGAUUGGUUGCUAUUGGCAACGCAACAUUUCAUUUUUAGUAGCUUUAGCAACUGUACCCCAUGGAGUCCAAAGAAUGCCUAGUAGUAACAGCCAGGGCAUCCAGCAAUCAGAUGCUGCUUGUACAGAAAGAAAAAUACCAAUAAUAAGGGCACUGUUGUGGUUUGCUUAUGCCUAGCACCUACUAGAAAGGGGAUAGUCAGUCCCACAGACAUAUAAAUUAAAUAGCAGUGCUGACAAAUAUAUAAAAUAUCCAAUUUAAUAAAAUCAUAUGCUAUAUGGACAAUGGAUGGGUUAAAAAAAAAAAAAUCGUACAUUUUAUAAUACAGGUUGAGUAUCCCAUAUCCAAAUAUUCAGAAAUACGGACUUUUUUGAGUGAGUGAGAGAUAAUGAAACCUUUGUUUUUUGAUAGCUUAAUGUACACAAACUUUGUUUAAUACACAACGCUAUUAAUAAUAUUGUAUUAAUUGACCUUCAGGCAGUGUAUAUAAGGUGUAUAUGAAACAUAAAUGAAUUGUGUGAAUGUAGACACACUUUGUUUAAUGCACAAUGUUAUAAAAAAAUAUUGGCUAAAAUUA